AUGGCCGACCACGCAGAUGUCGCUGCGGCCUUGAACCCUGGGGCGGACGAGGUCCUGGCCUUGGGCGACGCAGGGCGGGUGACCACCUGGUUGCGGGCGCGGCCAGAGCGGGCGAGAUCCUCGCUGGGGGUGCACGCGGCCUCCUGGCCGGGGGCGACGCCGGGACGGGUAGCAUCCUGGCCGGGGGCGACGCCGAGCCGAGAACACGCUCCUAGCUUUCGUCGCAAGCAUAUCAUGAAGGAUCUUUCAACUUUGAAAGUGUACGCCAUUGAUGUAGAUGAGGCUCAUGAAUUAAGGCAGGGCACCCUGAAAUGA